AUGUCCUUCCUUUUCAAAUCAAAAAAGAAUGCGCCUCCAUCCACACUCCCGCAAGCCUCGCGCAACAUACACACUUCUGAUGGCACUCCGCCCGCUGGCCCCAAUGGCCUGAUCGAGAAACAAAUGGAUCCUCGUCAGACACAAUCGCCUCAGCCCCUUUCCAAUCCUAUUCCAAAUGGCUCAAUCAGCUCUUUGGGAUCAGGAGGUGUGCCCAACGGCCAGUUUCAGAGAAGAGAGCGCGCUGAAUCCGAAGCGGGGGCACGGCCAAAUGUUGUUUCUCAACCCCCCAAUUCCGCCCUAUACCCAUGGUCGCAACGGCGACUAAAUUUCCCAACCCCCCAGUCGAACCCCUUCCCGCGAUAUGGCGCAGCGGCCAAUUCAGUCGCCUCGAAGGAGGGCGAUGUGUAUAUGAUGGGCGGUCUUAUCAAUGGCUCAAUGGUGCGCGGUGACUUGUGGAUGCUCGAGUCUGGAGGCGGCAACAUUUCUUGCUAUCCCAUCGCUACCGUUUCAGAGGGUCCAGGCCCCCGAGUCGGCCAUGCUUCGCUCCUCGUUGGCAACGCGUUUAUUGUGUUUGGCGGUGAUACGAAAAUGGACGAUUCUGACGUCCUUGACGAUACUCUUUAUCUCCUUAAUACCUCAUCUCGACAAUGGUCGCGGGCCACUCCCCCCGGUCCUCGGCCGCCUGGCCGAUAUGGCCACACUCUCAAUAUUCUUGGCUCUAAGAUUUACAUUUUCGGAGGGCAGGUCGAGGGCUACUUCUUCAACGACCUUCUGGCCUUCGAUCUGAACUCGCUGCAGAAUCCUACCAACCAGUGGGAGUUUUUGAUGCCCAAUAGUACUGAGGAGGAGCAGGCCAGCAGAACCCACCCCGCGCCUCGCACUAAUCAUACCAUGAUCAGCCACAACGAUCAAAUGUAUCUUUUUGGUGGUACCAAUGGUACAUCUUGGUUCAACGAUGUAUGGACAUACGACGCGAAAACCAAUUUGUGGACCGAGCAAGAUUGUAUUGGCUACAUUCCGGCCCCUCGCGAAGGCCACUCGGCUGCGCUUGUCAACGAUGUCAUGUACAUCUUUGGUGGACGCACCGAAGAAGGCACCGACCUCGGGGAUCUUGCUGCUUUUCGAAUUACCUCGAAGAGGUGGUAUACUUUUCAGAACAUGGGACCAUCGCCCUCACCAAGAUCUGGGCACAGCAUGACCGCACAUGGAAAGCAGAUCAUUGUACUGGCUGGAGAGCCAAGUUCAGCACCACGCGAUCCGGGUGAGCUCAGCAUGGUCUAUGUCUUGGACACGAGCAAGAUUCGCUAUCCCAACGAUGCGCCCGGUUCGAACGAGAAGCAACGCACAGGUAGCCACGAGCGCCGACCAAGCAGCGAGGCCAGGAAUCAGAAGAGAUCUCAGUCUGGCGAGGGGCAUGUGCCAAUAGAUGCGUUUGCACGCGCCUCGUCCAUGGGUGGCCCUGUCCAGAGACCUGAAGGUGCAACAAACAGUGCACAAGGCUCACGUUUACCGAGAGCUGCCCAAGCACCGUCUGGGCCGCCUCCGCUAGGACAACCGCCAAAUCCUCGAGCCAAUGGCACCAUGUCUCCUCAAAAUGGCGCCAAGGGUCGACCUCCGCAGACUCAACCUAUGGAAACCAUGAUGCAGGCACCUGCUGUUAAAAGUGUGCAGAAAGAAAGCAGUCGGAGCCGUGACAAUAGCCCAGCGUCACAUGGUCGCCGAACGCCGACCCAAAGCUCGAAAGCCAGGGCUAUGGAAGCUGGUGAAGCAGCGCCAAUGGUGGGCGCUGCCGUUGCCCGCCAACGGUCACUCCGUUCCCAACGUGCUCAUGGCUCUAUUGACAGCACGGAAGACGGUGCUCUGGGCAGGUCUGGCUCUUCACGUCAUCACUCUGAGCGCCACCAUUCUGAUGGACAUGGCUCUCUCCGGAGUUACAACGAUGAGCCUAGAUCACCCAAGCUUCCUGCACACCAUGAAGCUCUAGUGAAAGAGCUAGAGUCCGCAAAACGAACAAACGCUUGGUAUGCAUCCGAAUUGGCUCUUGCCCGUAAGGGUGGCUAUCAACCGACCAACGCUUCUAGCCCUACUUUCGACGAGCGAGCAGUCAGCCAAUUUCAUGAUGACGAUAAGCCGCUCAUCGAAGCUUUCAUGACCAUGCGUUCCGAAAUGGUCAAGAUGCAACAGGCAAUGGAGCAUCAGUCUGCUUCAACCGCAAAACGCAUUGCUGAGGUCGAGCAUCAGCGGGAUGCUGCUGUAACAGAAGCCGCGUAUGCAAGAGCCAAGCUUGCGGCUCACGGCGGAAGUCAACGAAGCACACCACAGCCCGAUACCUCUGACGAUGCAGACCGGUCAACUGACAUCAGCAGGCGUUUAGCGCUAGCACUGUCCGCGACGAAUGAUCAUAAAGUCAAGCUUGAUGUCUUAAACAACGACCUCAGCAACGAGAAGAAAGCAAGAGAAGCCGCCGAAGAAGCCGCUGAAGCAGCACAGCGCCGUCUUGAUGAGCUGAAUCAAGGUCGGAACCCUGCCGAACUCGAAGGAUUGCGUGCCGAGCUGCAUGAAGCGCAAGGAAGCGCUAGGUCUGAAGCAAGCUUCCGAGCAGAGGCCGAAGAGAAACUUCGCCUACUCCAAGCCGAGUUUCAAUCUAUUACGGAGAAGCACGAAAGCGGUUCAUCGCGCUUAAAGGACUCGGUUGCUUCUAUCGCCGCUCUCGAAGCCGCGGUGGCUGCGUCGAGUGGGAAGGUCACCCUGUACGAGCGACAAUUAGAAGAGGAACGGACAAGGCGUGAAGAGGCUGAGCGAAAGAUGGCACAGCUUCGAGCUGAACAUGAAGAACGCACCACCGAACUGGAGAAUACCUCGAAACGUCUACGAGAUGUUGAAGCGAUGGCGGAGACCCAUGCCAACGAAGCGAAUACUCACCGUGCUGCGCUCAUGGCUGGACUUGCGAAUUUGUCCACCUCUAAGAGUGUCGUGGAGAAUGGACCAAGCGAGGAGAGACUCGCAGCCUUGCAAGAAAACGCCGAACGUGCCAAUGCUCUUGCUAAGCAGCACCAGGUGGCAGCGGAUGCUGCUGCGGACAAGCUUCGUGCCGCAGAGGAGAGAAUUGCCGGUCUAGAAGCCUACCAAGAGCAGUCGAGUCGCGAGGGCCUUCAGAUCCGACGCCAGCUCCAGUCAGCGCUCCGAGACGCACAGAAUUAUCAGAACGAACUGCGCGAUGUAAGAACGACCUAUGAAUCUCAUCAACGCGAUGCCAGCGCCCUGGCCGUCCAACACGGGGCUCUCAAGGAUCUCCUUGGUGAGCGUGGCAUUGAUAUGACCAAUACUCGACGGUCGCCCGCAUUCGGUGAAUCCCCGGCGUCCCGAUUUGGCACUCCUGAGCAGGGUCGCCUCAAGGAGCUUGAGACGCAGCUACAGAGCAGUCUCAGGGCCCACGAUGAGACGAAGGCUCAAUUCGAGGGAAAACUGCAGGAGGCUGACAGCACUUACCGCGAGAAAUUGGAGCAACUUGAGAACGAUUAUCAGUCUGCUGUGCACUACGUCAAGGGCACGGAGAAGAUGCUCAAGAAGAUGAGGGAAGAGUUGACGAAAUACAAGACGGCCAAUUCCCAACUCCAAACGGAUCUUGACAACGCUCGCAGUGGCAGUAAAGCAAGCGAAGCAGAAAGUUCAACCUGGUCAGCCGAGAGGGUGAGGCUGCAGGACGACAUGGAGGAGCUGAAGACCAAGAUGAGCGGCCAGAUCACAGCUCUAGAGGCGAACCUCGCCUCGGUGCAGAGGGAGUUGGCCGCCGCCCGCGAAGAUCGUGACAAGCAGCAAGCUGACCACCAAAACCUUGUCAAAUCCACGCAACAAGCUGAGAAGGAGCUUGAAUCCCUCAAGCACGAGAAUGGGAUGCUUCAAACACGUGCUGAAGAGGCGGAACAACGUGUCACAAUGCUACUCGACCAAGUCGGCACUACGGUUGGCAACUACAGAAGGCAGUCCCAACUACCUCCCGGUGCACCUAAUGGUGUCUCUCACAAUCGUGACCCAAGCGAGUCCACAGCAACGGACACCUCAUCGCAUGAUGAGGCCGAGAGACCUGAAGAGCGGGGGUCUCUUGCGCUGGACAAUCUAGCCUCCGAACUUGAGACGCUACGCUCGCAAUGGGAGAGUACGAGCCGCAACAAUUAUAGACUCAGCAACCAAUUCGACUUCGAGAGAACACCGACCAGGGAGAACACUGGCGGCGAACUGAUGAGCGACAGCCUUGCAGACUGGAGGAGGAGACUGGACGAGGACGAGAAGACAACGGGUCCGGGACUAAAUGUACCGAAGUAA